AUGAAGUUCCUCUCAUUGUCUUUCCUGUUGAGCUGCCUGGUAGCCGGAGCUUUGAGUGCCCCCCAAUUUGGAUAUGGAUUCGCAGGAUACGGAAGUUAUGGAGGAUUUGGGGGAAGCUAUGCCUCAGCCAGUGCCGCAGCGAGCAGCAGUGCGGGAGGAUAUCAAGGAUUCGGAUACCCAGGAUAUGGGGGAUACGGAGGAUACGGUGGGGGCUAUCAGCAGCAGUACAACCAGUUCAGCAACUACAACAACUACGGAUCUUCUGGCUACUACGGCGGUUACCCAUUCGGUAGAUGAGUUGGGAAAAAACAAGUCGUAGCUGCUGGAAAUUUCUGUCCCUGUUUUGUUUGAUUUCUUUAUUUGGCUUUUAAUGUGAUGGAGGUCAAUAAAACGAAAAUACCCAAUGUGA